UCCGGCAGGUUGUGAAAUUUGAAUUCGGUUGCUAAUUCAUUGAUAAGAGAUAGGAAUCGCGAGCAGAAUGAUAAUGAAAUUUUCGUGGUUGAUACUAAUUUUAAGUGUAGCGUGGAUAUCCAAUUUGAACUAUGUUGAAUCCGCUAAAAUAUUGGGAAUUUUCCCUACCACUGCUAAGUCUCAUUACAUCAUCGGAUCCUCGUUGAUGAAAGCUUUGGCAAAAAAGGGACAUGAGGUCACGGUUGUGAGUCCAUUCCCGCAGAGCAAACCACUCAAAAACUAUCGAGAUAUUACAACGACCAUAGUUUGGGAAGCUGUAAAACCAUUUUCUUCCAACAUGUUGGAGUUCGCCCAGAAGGGUAUGCUGGACACCAUCAAAUCAACGUACGGUUUCGGCCAUGCGGUCGUUAAUGGCACCCUCAACGAUCCGGCUGUGGUAGAACUGAUCGCUUCGAAGGAACAUUUCGACUUGAUUGUGCUCGAGAUCUUUAUGAAUGACGCAAUGCUCGGUUUCGUCCAUCACUUCAACGUACCAUGCAUCGGUGUUUCCACAUUUGGUGCCUCCAAAUGGACCAACGAUCUGGUAGGAAACAUCGCACCCCCAUCAUACGUGCCGAAUCCAUUCCUCGGAUUCACCGAUCACAUGACUUUUGCUCAAAGAUUAAUGAAUACCGUCAUGUCGGGAGUUGAAAUCCUAGUGGAAAACGUUAUGGACAAACCAGUUCAAACAGAAUUCUAUCAGCAAGCUUUCCCGGAUCCGAAGCCGUCACUUGACGAGCUCAAAAAGACAGCUGUAUCGGCUGUGUUGCUAAAUAACCAUUUCUCCAUCAGCUAUCCUCGGCCAUACGUUACCGGUAUGAUUGAAGUCGGGGGUAUGCACGUGAACAGAGUUGCUAGCCCUCUACCGGAGAGUAUCCAAAGUAUUAUGGACAAUGCUACGGACGGAGUAAUCUACUUUUCCAUGGGAUCCAACAUCAAAAGUAAAGAUCUACCGCCAGCUAAACGUGAUGCUUUCCUGAAAGUAUUUGCCAAGUUGAAGCAAACAGUCCUGUGGAAAUGGGAAGACGACAACCUUCCGAACAAGCCUUCGAACGUGAUCGUUCAAAGUUGGUGGCCUCAAGACGAUGUGCUUGCACAUCCAAAUGUGAAACUCUUCAUUACCCAUGGAGGACUGCUGAGUACUACCGAGUCACUGUAUCACGGAGUUCCGGUCAUUGGUAUUCCAGUUUUCGGUGAUCAACAUCUCAACAUGGCCAAUGCCGAACGGGGAGGUUACGGUCUAUCGGUAGCGUAUCAAGAAAUUUCGGAGGACAGGCUCGACGAAGCGAUUAAUUCGAUUCUAGGUAACGAAAAAUUCCGCAACAGCGCGCAAGCAAUAUCCACGCGGUAUCGGGAUCAACCACAAUCGCCGCUAGAUCUGGCUGUUUACUGGGUCGAAUAUAUAAUACGUCACAAGGGAGCCCAACAUAUUCGAAUGGCUUCGGUUGAUCUUAGUUUUGUGCAAUACCACAAUAUUGACGUAUUUUUGGUCAUUUUUGGGGUGCCUCUGUUGAUCGUUUUGGUAUUGAAGCGAUUGCUUUGUAAACGGAAACAAGAAUUUUAUAAAAGCGCUAACGAUCGCAAAAAGAGAAACUGAAUAAAAACUAAUGUUAAGGCCUAUCAACCUAAAAACAAAAUUUAAAGUUUUAACUCAAGCUACUAGUAUCUAAAAAACCAUUUAAUUUAAGAAAGUCGAAUGUUGUUUCGAAGAUAAUAAAAACAUAAACGUUACAUCUGUUAUUGAAAAUACUGAAGUUUCUUGAGUUUUCAAUACAUUUAGAUAUAUGAAACAGGUCUUCAUAAGAAUCCUCCCACGACAACGUAUUUAAAACAACAUGAUAUCACGAUAUCACACCUGAUAUUAAAAAUGUUAAUUAUUCUGGGGUUUUGUGAGUAUAUUGAAAGAUCAAGAAAUAAGUACCAGAUAAUCUGUUUCCGUACGUUGGACGAAUUAGUAUGUAUUCUACGGAAUAAAUG